AUGGUGUUUUGAUCCAUUUUUAAAGCUUCUGCCUCUGUUCAUUACAACCGCAUUAAAAACCCAGAACAGACUUCAGGAUUUCUGCUUUUGUGUUUCACAGACAAAGGGAAGCCGCACGGAUUUAGAGCGAGUGAAUAACAAGAGCAUUUUUAUUCUCGAGCGAAACGAUAUAAAAUAACAAAUGAUAUACUAAAGAUUAUUGCAGAAGGAGUAAAACAUCACUGACGGGGUUUGUAGAACGCAUCACCAGUGUUGGACGUUUAAAGAGUUUAAAGGGGUAGGUGGGGGGAGCGAGGGGUAAAAUGAACUAUGAGCGAGUGAGAGAGAGAGAGGGAGAGACUGCACCGCGGGCGAGCGGGCGGGCGGGCAGCAGCUGUACGGUCUGCUCGCAGGGUUUUCUCUCCGUCUGCUGGACGUCUUGGCUCGUAGCCCGACUGGCGUUUUUGUAAUCAAGGCAUGAUCCCAGAGUCCAUGCGCUUCCCCGAGCCGCGUCGGCUGCCUGCCGUUUGGAAGGACUCCACUUUUCCCUGCUGACAUGCACAACGCCAGCCCGCCAGAGACGACCGUGAUGAUGAUGAAGAUGCAGAAGGACGCAGAGCUGGACAAAAAGAUUGAAGCUUUACGCAAGAAAAAUGAAGCUCUUAUGAAACGCUAUCAGGAAGUGGAAGAGGACAAGAAGCAGGCGGAGCAGGAAGGCAUGUCAUUACACAGCAGGAAGGGAAAACCUAAUGAUCUCACCAUCACCCUCAACAAAUCAUCUAAUGAGCAGCGUGUGGUGACCAAGAAGUCUGGACAGAAAGAGUCAAACACUAGAUCAGAUCAGGAGAAGGAUCCCUGUGAAUCUGGAUCCAGAUCCAGCCUCGGUGUCGGGAGAGGAAAGAGAAGACAGCUGCUCGUCACAACGCCGGGAAACAUCAAGGGUAAGAGGGUGUUUGGGGAAAGAAAGGACAGAAACCGUCCCGUGAGUCCAGCGAGGGUUAAACCAGGUGCCGAGGAAGAGCAGGACACGCCGGACACCAGCGCGCGAGUCAAACGACCUCCGUCCACAAAGAGAAUCGUGGAAAUAGAGGCCUCUGAGGUCUCGCAGCCGCUGGGAGUCACAGACCUCAACCUCACGUCCAGAGAAGACCAGACGGAGUACCAGCGCUGGAAGAAGGAGCGAGAGGAGAUCGACAGAGAGCGCGUGGCCCGACACAGAAACUCUAAAGGCCAGUGGAGGAGAGCCUGGGACGUGGAGAAGCCCGACCUGAUGUAUUCGGACAAACCGGAUGAAGGACCGGACAGAGACGCACACACCACCGGAAACCGAAACGGCAGAAGAAGAAAUCUGAGAACGGAAGAAUCCAGAGGGAUGUUACGAUUCACCGUGAGCAGGUUGAAAAUCGAUUAGGAGACGUGAGGACUCGAGUCGGUUGAGAUGUGAAAUGAAUGGCAGUACAUGUGUUGAGCAGCAGGGCCGCUGUGUUUACUGCCAACUUGGAAAACGUGGAUAUGCUGAUAUUUCUUAAAUGUAAAAAAUCCAAGAAAAGCACAGACAAACUCUUAGUUUGUUUAUAUUAAAGAGACUUUUGAAUUAUUCAUUUUUUUAUUUGAUUUGAAAUUUGUUUUAAAAUUGCCGUUUAGUUUUGUUAUUUGACAUUAAAGAUAGUACAAAGAAAUAUGCAGCAUUUGAGAAAUAAUAAAAGGGCAUUUGUUCAUUUCUAAUUUGUCUCAUUUUGUAAAUAAUAAACCGUAUCGUGAGAUCAGAAUUGUGAAUCGCAUCGCAUCGUGAGCUGAGUGAAUCGUUACAGCCCUGCUUUUCUUUAAUGACCAAUAUUCCGUUUUUUCCAGCAAGGCAGAAGACAUUUCUGUUGUUUUAUUACAUGCUGCAUUCUGCAUUUCAAUGAUUUGUGUCAUUUACAGUAUUCAGUAGUGUUGUAGUACUCGAGACCGGUUUUUUGAUGGUCUCGGGAUUUUUCAAGACCGGUCAGGACCACUACUGUGGGAAUGACACUAAAUUGCUGGGGCAUUGUCUGAUUUAUGUGUUAACGUCAUUCAUGUAAUUGGAUGUAUAAAGAGAUGUGAAUGUUUUGUUUCGUGGAAGGUCACAGACGUAAAUUUGUCUUGGGUAUUUACCUUUUUCUUUAAAUGUCUAGUUGUUGGAAAGUUUACCUGCACAAAAACUGUAAUAUGUUACAGUAGGUGGGUGAUAAACCAUGGACAUUAAACAUCCUACACAUACAGUUCUGCCCAAGUUACUUCGGUUAUUAUUUUAUUAUGACUUUUUAGUGUUUUGUGGAUCUUUUGAAUGAAUUUUGUCUUGGUCUCGGUUUUGGUGGUCUCAACUACAACACUAGUAUUCAGAACUUUAAGCCUUGG